AUGGGUUCCUCGACCGGCUCUGGAUUCUUCAAGGGAGAUGGGAACGGCAACUUCUGGUCAACUUUUAUCCUGCCUAGCAACGGCGUCUCCAAAUCAUUCAAUGGCAAAUUUUCGUCAGCUGUUCCAAAAUUUAUUUGCACCCUUGCUCAGGUUGAGUUUGAUAAAGAAUCGGCCCUGGAAGGCGACUACGCCUUUGGUGAAAAUGCAACUAUUGGUCCAACCACAAUCAACCUGCCACUUGCAGAGGGCAUAGGAUCUGUUUCUAUCACAGGCAAGCUCACCGUUCAUUUACCCAAAGCCUACACUGCUACUGGGCCUGGACACUGGGACAGUUCAUAA